CUACGAUAAUUUUCCAGGUUAUUACCCUAUUGAGCUAGAGAUAUACUUGGACCUAAAAUUCAAAAUGGGCCUGCUUGAAAACAAAAAGAAGCGUAGUGAUGCGAUUCCAUAGUCUUUUUUUUCUAAACAAAAAGAAGCAUAGUGAUGCGAUUCCGUAGUUGGAACUUGGAACCGACCAAACUGAAAAGCUGAGACGUCGAGAAGACACAAUGCUCUGGAAGGUCUCCACGUGCUAGUACGGAACAACACGUGUCUAAAACCGAGAUGAUUGGCUUCUUCUCGUUGGCUCAAUAACAUUAACGUUGAUCUAUUCCCCACAACCUGAGUCACAAUACAUCAUACAUCCCUACACGUUUGCAAUAACAUACUCAACACAUCACACACCGCCAGAUAAUUCUUUCUUUUAGGUUAAAAUGUUCGUCAAUUAUAAAAGCAGAAGAAAGAUCAAAACUCGACAAGAAUCAUCUAACUAUAGUCUUGAAACUAAACUGUGUUCUUGAAAGGUGUUUGUUAUUGUUAAUUAGCAUAUAAUUACAAUGGCGUCAGAGCAAGCAAGAAGAGAGAAUGUGGUGAAGCAGAGGGAAGUUAAAGUGGAGAAAGACAAAGGGAGAGACAAUGGUGUCCAUGUUACUCACGCUGCGACUGAGAGAGGAAGUCAUGGAGGCGGAGAAGCUGCUGCUGUGUUCGGACAAGAAGGCCCUGGGAGAGUAGGAGUAGAGCUGACGGGAGAAGGGAGAGAAGAGUUAGAGAGUGGCGCUCAUGGCUUUCAUGGAGAGAAAGCACGGCAUGCUCAGCUUUUGGCUGCAGGAGGCGAGGAGAUAAGAGAAAGGAAAGGUCAGGUGUCAGUCCGUGGUGGUCGGAGUGCAACUGAGACGGUCACCGAGAAAGGACGGCAAGAUAAGGAAAGUGUUGGGAAAGAUGCUCAGAAAGCGGCGGAUAUGGGAAAAGCUGCGAAAGAUACGGCGAGUGAGAAAGCUCAGAGAGCUUCUGAUUACGUGACGGAGAAGGCAAGGGAAACUGGACAUGUGGCGGCUCAAAAAAGGCAAGAGGCAAAGGAACAAGCUGACAGAGGCAAAGAUACAGCGGCCGAGAAAGCACGGAGAGCUUCCGAGUAGGAGAGGGAGAAAGGAAGAGAAACAGGAAACACGGUGGUUUAAAGAUUAGUGUGUUUUUUUGGUUUAAAGGGUUUUGUAUGUAAAUAACAAGCAGCUCUGUUUCAGAAGAAUUCUCUAGUAAAUAAAACUUUUCUGUUUCUCUGUUAA